AAAACGCUCCAAAACUAUCCUCGUCCAGUUUUAUCUUUCCUAAAGUGAAAAUACAAGGGGGUAAAAUAGUAGAUAAAAAGCCUAGUGAAAUGUCUAUAGCCGAAUCUAUACUUAUGCUAACGAGAGGCAAGAGUGUAAAAUCACUUAAGCCUAAUGAAAAAUGUGGCACAUUAAGGGGAAGGUUAAUGUCCAGCAUUGGUUCAUUGGUUAAUAAUCUUGAAUCUAACGAAGAUAGACAACCUUGCAAUGCCAAAAAAUGUAGCAAGGCAUACAAUUACGACAAUCUAGCGAAGGCCCCCAACCUGGUCAUUUCUAAACCUGACUGGCUUCUAAGAUCUUACUGUGAUCAAAUAAUAAUGAAUGGAGGUGAAUUCCAGGGUUCACAGUUUUUCAUGGAUUUUGGUAGGAAUUAUGUGAACACUCAUUUUAUUUUCGAUGAAGAUCUAUUACCUCGUAAUUUAUAUUAUAUUUCUUCUCCGAUUUACACUAAUAUCUGCGCUAAAAAGCGAGAAUCAAUUUGUUUGAUAUCAAAUAGACAGCCUUUUCAUGAUGAUAUUAAUAAAUAUAAAAAUAUGACAAAAAUUACUGAUUCCCCCAAAGAUUUAUUCCCCCAACGAGCCACAAGUUUUAGAAAAAGCUACUACCAUAUAUUAAAUUCAUCGAUAAAUAAAACAAAAAGAAAUCCGAGUCGAAAUAGGAAAAGCAUCGAUGAUGAGCAAAGUAACAAUGACCAGGAUAACAGAAGCAGAAGCUUAGAAGAAAAUUUUGAAAAGCCUUCUACCAUCUAUAUCCCCAAAAAUCUGGAAGCACACAAUAACGAUCUAGAGGAUAUUAAUAGUGGGGUUGAUGACAAAGACUUACUAAAUUACGAUGGAAUGCCACCAGAUCUUGACUUUAUAACAAUGGAUGAUACUGUUUUGUUCAAUAACACGACAUUAAAUUUGAAGAUAGUCAUCUAUGUGGAGCUUAUAAGCGUGCAUUCUGUGACUCAUCUAACACCUAUGGUAGAAUUGGGCAAAUAUACCCUAGAAAAUUUCUACGAUUCGGCUUCCCCUGACGAUAACGAACAAUCAUCGUGGUGCUUGGAGGUAGGCAGCAAGUCGGGUUACCUUAAUUUGUCCUUAUAUUAUUCUGACAUCAUGAACAUUUCCAGAAAUUAUCUAAAGUAUGUGAGCUGGACAGUUACACUCUUAGCUAACCCAGCUAAAUAUUCUAAGAACAUCAACCAUGACUCUUCAGCCCCUCAAUCUCCAAAAGAAGAGUUUAUAGCUACGAAUGAAAGCAGUCAAACUAUCUCACCUAAGCGCAAAAUGAAUGGUACCUUAUCACCAAAAUCCAUGUUUAAUUCUUUUAGGACAAGACCCAUGGAUAAGGUAAAUAAAAUAGGUGCUGGAGGAGGUUUGAAAUAUUCAUCCUUAAACUCUCAAAUACCUUUUCCUUCUAUCAUGUCACCUUAUUACGACGAAAAGAAUCCCCCAGUGAUAGUUAAAGAUAUCAUAAAAACCAAACCAUACUAUGUCAUCGACGAAAGUAUACUCUAUUCCACACCUCCUUCUCAAAUAUAUUCCAAGUACUAUGUUCAGCAGACUAGCAACAGUGACAAAGGAAUAAACAUGAAAACCCCUUUUCUUAUAACUGAAAUAUUGGAUGAAAAAUGUCCUUUUUUAUGGGACAAGAAUCAAAUCGUAGUACGGAUCGAAUGGAGAGACUCUAUUUUACUCAACAACAGUUCCUAUAAUAAAAACGACGAGCUUCUAUACCGUCAAUAUCUACAUAUGAAAAACGAAUUGGCAGCUCUAAGAAGAGAAAAUAUCUCACUUGAAAAGGAAAUGUUCAACUAUCAAAAGGCAAUUUCUUUGAUCAACUCUAAAAGUCCUUGAAUUCCGUCUUUCACUUUUUAUUACUUUUUUAUUCAAAUUGUUAGAUUAUAUAUAUUGUAUUAGUGUGUAUC